CAUAAAUUCAUGCUUUGAGCAGCCAUCACCCCUUCCUUUGAGACACCCUGUACAUCGCUGGGCAUUAUAUUCCGCUAAGCCUCGUAUUUAGUCGCGCUGGACAACUGGACAAAUAUCACGUAUAUAAAUAAGUUGUUAUCGUUGACGACAUAGGCCUGGAUAUACGUUAUCUCAUUUCGUAUUAUUAUUGUUUGUGGUCUGCGUUUGCACAAAGCUUAACAUUACUCGUAGUGCAGUUGGUGCUAGCGACUCGGCUACGUACAGUUUAAUAUUCUACUGAGCCAGUCGAGUGUGAAAAUUCAAUUUUAUGAUACCUUUUGCGGUUAAACAACAUGACGCAAACACUGUGUUUGGGAUGUGUAUAACGUGAAACGUGUCAUAUUCAGGUUCGUUUUGCUUUUAUUUUUGAAUUUGUUAAAAUGGAAUAGAGACUAUCGGGUUAGAUCAACGUUCACUUGAGUUAUUAAAUUUAUUUGAUGCUGCUCUGACCCCAUACUUCGACUUAAGAUGUUAAAACGAGAUCCAACGGAAUAUUUUUACCCAUUGCAAAAGUCAAACUGUACUCCAACGUAUAAUCAAACGAAAGACUUACGCCACAAGAACAACUCUCCAAACAUGUCUGCUUCAGAUUUGAUCGCUCCAAUUAUAUUGAUAUUAGUAAUGUUCGCUCUAAACGGAGGAGUCCUGUUUUACAUAUUCCGUGCAAAAAAGAAGUAAGUGCCCCUUCACAUUUGUAAAUAACCUGUAGAAGUAGAUUGGUGAAGGGAUUAAUGAUUUUGUCCUUUUUUCACAGACAGCAACAACACAUAAGGGAUGAAGAGUUAGGAGCUUUGCGACAUUAAUAGUUAGAUUUAUUUGUAACAAGAGAUUUUCCACAGUAAAAAGUUUAUGAGUAUACGAAUAUUUUUUUAA